AUGGGCUACGACACAGUAAUACCGAGUUAUAUUAAGCUCGAGAAGAACGAAGUAUUCGUAAAUAUUUUUGGUGAAAAAAAGGACAGCUCUGGAACUAUUCCCAAGUUGGCAGCAAUCAUAGCGUUACCAUUGUUUCAAAACGUUACAGAACCACAUAUUAUUAAAGUGGCCACACUAAUUCACGGACAUCAGUCCCACAAAAAUGCUAUUUAUCAGCCAUUAUUAUCCCAAACAUUAAGUAGCAUAGGGUAUUGUGUAGUACGUUUCGAUUUUAGGGGACAAGGUGACUCAUCCUGUAACGAGUCCAAGAUGGAGGGAAGAACUAUUUCACAAGAUGUCAGUGAUCUACAAACUAUUUCUGCUUUUAUUAACAAUGGAAAUCUUUUAAAAUUAGUCAAUAAUGAAAUAUCAAAGCAAAAACCAUCACAUGGCAGCAGUUAUAAAGUAGUAGAUAAUGAAAUUAUGGUAGCUCACUCCAGAGGCGUACUGGCCAUGUUUGAAUAUCUACUAAAACAUAAGGAAAUCGAACUACCUUUAGUAGUUAAUUGUUGUGGACGGUUUGAUGGUAGUGGAUUACUUGCUAGGUAUACAGGAAUGAAACCAACCUGGAGAGAUGAAGGAGGCCUUAAUAUUCCAACAUUAAGAUAUGGUAAAUAUGUGAACUGUUGGAUCCCAACAGCUGAAAUUCUAAGUACCGCAAAUAUAGAUACACAAAUGUUUAGUAAAAUUAAUGCAUUCACAAGAAUAUUAUUAGUAUAUGGAUCUAAGGAUACAAUUGUUCCUAUUGAGGAUGGGGAGAAAUAUAGAAAAUUAUUCCAAAACAGAGGCGUAUCGCUUAUUAUAGAUGGUGCCGACCACAACUUUUAUGGACAACCCAAUGAUUCUAACCUCCAGAAUCUUCCUUUUAAACGGGGUAAGGUUAAUUAUUCAGUGCUCUUUGUAUCAAGACUUAUGGAAUUUUUGCAGAAUUUCGAUGAGAUAACUAUAAAUAAUUAA